AGAGCCAUUUGAGGCUUCAGUAUCAAUGCAGUGAGGCCUUGAUUGGUCAGGCCGCCGCAGGCGAUGUGGCGACUUGCCUGCGCUUUGUUAAUAUUGGGUGCCAGAGCGCUGGACGCUGGAGCGUCACGGCUGCACCAGUUCCAGGCAAAUGCCCUUCGGCAGCGGCUCCAGCAGUUGGACCCAGAGCAGCAGCAGGACUUGGCCAUGGUAGUUCCUUACAUACAGAAGGGCGACAAGGCCGCCUUCAAGAAAGGCCUGAGCGUCAUGGUCCAGCACGGCGGCAACGACCGCAUCAAGCGCUGCCUUCAGGGCCUCGCGGAGGUGGGCUUUGAUGCCCUGGAAAUCCAGCGAUGGCUGCAGCAGGAUGGAGCGCCGGUGCCGAAGCCCAAGACGGAGCACGGCGAGGCUGAGCGUCAGCCUGUGCCGCCGCGAGAAGCUGCGGCCAAGCGGAUGCCUGCUCCGAGCGUCGGGGCAAUGGCAGGAUUAGCCGCUGAACAGCAGCUGGCAGCAGGCAAAGAGCAGCAGAAGACGGAGGUGCAGGGAAAGACGACUCACGCCGCCACGGCGAAGUCGGCGCUGCGCAAAGAGCUCGCACGGCGCCUGGCCAAAGGCGUUGAGGCUCUGAAAAGAGUGGAAGCUGUCGAAAAGAAUGAGGCGGGGGUCCGGCAGAGCCUGGCCGCGGAGCAGGACCGCGUGGGGCACCUGGAGCAGGCGUUGCACAAAGAAGAGGAGGAGAGAGCCGAGGUCAGCAAGGAGAACUCGCAGUUGAAGCAAGAGCUGCAGCACGAGGAGGAGCUGAACAAGCAGGCCUUUGCCCGCUUGGAUGCUUUGGAGAAGGCCCGCAACGAGACGGGCAUGGAUCGGGUGGCGGUCUUGGAGGACCAAAAUGUGAAGUUCCGCGCUGCUCUGGCCGGGGCUGCGCGGAGGCUGAUCAACCUCGAGGCAGAUGUCACAAGCCAGAGGCAGCUGUCCUCCAUGCCGGAAGGCCCAAAGAUUGUGCGGCAUGAGAAGGCGUGA